UGCCAGUAUCAAGGUAUGUAUAUAGAUGCCAUACGGAGUUCGACAAAGUGCGAGUGCAAGAUUUAUGAGAGAUUUGCCCUGUUCUUGAUUGGAGAAACAGCACAUUCCAAGAGAAUUCAGAACGAGGCCGAACUCAGAUAUGUGCUGGGGGAUCCAAUAAUGGAAAUGAUGUGCGAAUCAGGAGAGCUAAAGGCUUGCAUUGACGCUGACUUUUUGUACGUUGGUCUGCGUGUCUAUCAUUUGAAAGCAAAACUUGACACAGCCCCAAGUCGGUUUUCCUUCGGAAGUUUUACCCGUACCGUUUCUUCUAGCCUGGAGAUGCAAAAUACGAUAAAGAGGGAUAUGAUGGAGUUAGCAGAUGCAGAGGUGGGUCGAAGGACUGGAUAUAAGGCUGAUGGAAGUUUUUUAAAAGUUGGUGGAGUAGAAACGUGUGUGUACAUAUAUGAACACAAAACGCAACAUGCACAAUGUUCACAAACUCAUUUUUCGCAAAUUGGAGGUGGCAUUAUAAUUAAUGUAACAAGGGGA